AACGGGCGUUGUUGUCACAGCGUCUGCCAUUUUGAUUAGAAGUGCUUUGCGCGCAAUAGAUGGUGUGAACUGGCACAUCAGGAGAUACCGCCGUACUUUAAAUCAGGGCUACAUUGUUUUAGCCAAAAAUGCUUUCAGCAGCCCAGUUACUCGAUGAGUUAAUGGGCCGAGAUAGAAACUUGGCCCCUGACGAGAAGCGAUCAAACGUGCGAUGGGACGACGAGAGCGUCUGUCGAUAUUAUCUGUGUGGCUUCUGCCCAGCUGAACUAUUCACAAACACCCGCUCUGACUUGGGUCCUUGUGAGAAAAUCCAUGAUGAAAAUCUCAGAAAAAUGUAUGAGAAGAGCUCUCGGUUUAUGAAGGAGGGCUAUGAGCGAGACUUCCUGCGCUAUCUGCAGUCGCUGCUGGCGGAGGUGGAACGACGGAUUCGUAGAGGGCAUGCCCGGCUUGCUCUUUCCCAGGCUCAGCAGAAUGCAGGGGGUCCUGGUCCAUCAGGAAAGAAUGAGGAGAAGAUUCAGGUUCUAACAGAGAAGAUUGAAGACUUAGUUGUGCAGAUUGAGGAGCUGGGGUCGGAGGGCCGAGUGGAGGAGGCUCAGGGAAUGAUGAAGCUGGUGGAGCAGCUGAAGGAGGAGAGGGAACUGCUCAGCUCCACGCCCUCGACCAUUGAGAGCUUUGCAGCCCAGGAGAAACAGAUGGAGGUGUGUGAGGUGUGUGGGGCCUUCCUCAUUGUGGGCGACGCGCAGUCCCGAGUGGACGACCACUUGAUGGGGAAGCAGCACAUGGGCUACGCCAAAAUCAAAUCCACUGUAGAGGAGCUCAAGGAGAAACUACGUCGCCGCUCAGAAGACCCCCAAGGUGAAAACCCAGCGCUCAGGAGGGACAGAGAAGACCGUGAGCGUGAGCGGGAGGAAAGGGAGAAAAAGCGCAAAGAGGAGGAAGAGAAGGAAAAGGAGCGGGAAAAAGAGCGCGAGAAGGAGAGGGAACGGGAGAGAGAGCGGGAGCGUGAGAGGGAGAGAGACAGAGACAGAGAACGGGACAGAGAUCGAGACAGGGAGAGGGACAGGAGGGCACGCCGAAGCCACUCCAACAGUCGCCACUCCAGUCGAGCAUCAGAUAGGAAAAGGAGCAGAUCCCGUGAUCGCCGGAGGUCCAGGAGCCGAGACAGGGACAGGGAGAGGGAACGCAAACGCAGCAGGAGCCGGGACAGAGACAGGGAGAGGAGGCGCAGUCGUGAGCGCUCUGACAGAAAGCGUCGCUCCCGCAGUCGUGACAGGAGGAGGUCACGCAGCUCAGAGCGCAAAUCUCACCGCCACCGCAGUCGCAGCAAGGACAGGGACAGAGAGAAGGAGAGAGACAGGGACAGAGAACGGUCAUCGAAAGACAAAGACCGUAAGGCGACAGAGGAGAGGAGCAGCUCUAAGAAAGACAAGCACUCUGACGGCGAUGCAGCUGCCAUCAAGGCUUCAUCAGAAGCGGAACCGAUGGAGACAGAGGCGGCCGCCUCUGCCUCCUCCCCUCUGCUAAAUGGCCAACAAGAGCUCUUCCAUUCUGAAGGUGACACUCAGUCCAAUUAAAACUGAUCUGAUAGGACCUCAGAUCAGGCUCAGGUAAGUGCGUCCUCCUCCUCGCUCCCCUCUGGCUCUCAACCCAACCCACCGCCCUCCCACUACCCCACCCGUCCCCACCUCUCCCAUCUCCCCUACCCACCCUCUCACCCUCCCUCUCCCACCCUGUUUACGUUCAGUUCAAUGCCUAUGAUUUUGUCUUAUGUACUAUAUGCAUAUAUCUUUAUCCUGUUUUCAAAUAGUGCAUCAUAAGUAUGCACUGAAGAUGAAGGACUAGGCCCGAUGAAUGAGAAGAAGGUAGAAAACAUUCACACAAAGCCAAGAGGGAAAGGCCAGUGUAGCCCUGAGCAAACAUGCCCGGAGGUACCCCUCGUUUUGUAUCGGUUUUUGAUCCUUAUAGAUGUAUAUUUGUCUUUGUGGACAAAAUGGCAGAAAAACACAUUAACCAGUCCAAUCAAAAUCUCCUGCCUGUAUUUACCUGCUUUUUUUUAUUUUAUUUCAUUUUAUUUUAUUUAUUUAUUUAUUUAUUUUUUUUUACUUUGAAGUAGGAAAAUGUAAUUUUUAUUUGUUGGGAUAUUACACUCCUAUACAUGGAGAAAGUUCAGCCACUGAGUGUCUACAUGUUUAUAUAUAUAUCUAUAUCUAGACAUGUAUCUUGGAGAUUUCGCUUUCUGAUAUGUAAACACACAGACAUACUUUCAGCCUUCGUCAAAGGUGUAUGUGAAAAACAAGCAUUUCUUUUGCCGUAAUCAUAAUUCAAAUGCCAUGGAUUUGUUGUCCAGCUUACUGUGCCUGAUAAUGCCAUGCAGUGUGUGUUUGGGGGGUGUUAUAGCACCGGGGGGCCUAACGUAACUAACUAACUGGAGGGUAGGGUUUAUCGAAUGAAUUGCAGCUGACUUCCAUACCUCACACAGCGUUGGUGUUGUGAGCGAGACCACAUGAGAAAAGGGCAAAUUAAAAAUCAUGGAUACUCUCUGACUGUCAAACUGUGCAGGUACUCACCCCAGGUACUCCUUUCUCUACCCACAUCCAUUUCUGAAUGCUGUUGCCUGUCAGAACAAAAACAAUUGUUUACUUCUGCAAAAAAAAACAUGAACUUGACAGCUUGAUUGUGUAUAUUUUGUAAUGUGUUUCUUUGCCUCUUUACAUGUUAACUUUUGGGGAAAAAAGUCAGAAAUGUCAGAGACACAUUUUAAAAGGCUGAGAUGCACAGGCAGCCUGCUUGAUAUUUCUAUGCCAACUGCUGAAAUUGUCACUGAUGUGUGUAUUUCCCCAUAGUAUAUUCAGAACUGAAGUUUUGUGAAGAUACUUUAAUGUUACUUUUGUUGAAUUGGUAGGAUAACGUGUUUGUAUCUUCAAUUGGAAAUUAAAUACACUUAAAAAAAAAACGUCAAGUGCUUUUUCACGUUGGCAACGGGAAGAUCAAACAGUUCUGUCACUUUUAAACGAUCUAAAUGUAAGGUAGUGACCAGAUCUUGUUGACUUUGUGCAGGUUGCAAACCUUUAAUUCAAGUAAAAAUACACUGAAAAAUAUUUAGAAAAUACCAGGAUACUCUUCCCAAAUUCAGUCAAAACUUCAAAUGUCCUUCGUGCUAGUAAAUGGAUAGUACUUGUGCAUCAUUAGCGGUGUCUCUUGUGUACGUUCCACACACUCUUCCUAAAUUGAAGGAUAUAUUUGGCUAGUAGUAAUUAUGUAGAUGAUUAUGUUGCUCCAGUAGCAGCAGCUGUUGCUACAAACACAUGUUGUGGGACCUUUGCUAACACUGCAUUUUGUGAACAUUUUUUGCUCAACAGGGGAAGCUGGGAUAUCUGGUGGAGGAAGAAAUGGAAGAGCGCACCCAUCCUUACCCUGAACCUGACGCUUCGCUGCUUAAAAACAAGGUGAACCACAAAUGUGUAGUGGCUUAUUUAAAAAAAAAAACAAAAAAAAAAAACACGAACAUACAUGUGUACAUGAGGAGAGAGGAAAAAAAUACAUUGAUUCUCAUGUUCCAUUACCUGUUUAUCCUCUGGAUGAGGGUAGUUGUGGUUCAUCUGAUGUAUUUCUCGGUCUAGAUGUCAGUCAGACAUCACUUUAAAUACCAAACUUAGAGGAGAAGUUCAGUAUGGGUUUUUUUUUUUGUUUGUUUUUUUAUUUUAAAAAUCUUUACACAUCCUCCUUGUUUCUUGGCAUUUAGAGAAUUGAAAUAAAAACCGUGCUUGUGGUUUGUUUUGGUUUGUCAGGUUCCACCUCACUUCCUGAUCUCCUUUUUUAACAAAGUCAGUUGAGAAAGCGUAUGUACAAUGUUAGACCCAUGAUAGGGCGUGUCUCUUUUCUCCUCCACUUAGAGCUCACAUUGAUUGCUCUUGUCCCCUUACUGUAAAAUAUACUGAUUUACUUUUGAUCAAAAGAUUUUGAAGACUGAGGAUUUGUUUAAUUUUGCUCUGCUUUUAAUGUCCAUGUUGUCUUGAUGAAUAAAAAGUAAAAACUUG